AUUUUUAUUUUGAUAAAGAGUGUGUAGUUUCAGACGACCUUUAGAAGUGCAACUGACCGUACCGUCGAGUGAUGCUACGUCGGCUUGAGGGGAAGGUUGCACGACGAAUUUGUGCGUGUCUCCGGUAUGGGUGGUUCGAGUCCGACGACGGCUGCGGUGGGUUGCGGCGGUGCCUCUAAUGGCGGUGGUUCCAGUAGUAGCUUCUGCGACAUGGGCGUGAGAUGCUGGUGCGGGUGGCGGUGCAGGGAAAACCAGCACGGCGGCCCCCACUGGUUUUUCUCGUCCGCAUUCGUCUUCUUCCUGGGUUGCUUCGUUCUCUUGGGAUCGGUUGCCACGCUCUACGCCUGGCUCGCCUUCACGCCCAACUUCCGUAAGCCUCUGGCUGGUUCUGGCUUCUCCUCGCUUGGCUGCCAGGAGGACAAUGAGGGGUCUUGGUCGGUUGGUGUUUUCUACGGGGACUCUCCCUUCUCUCUCAAACCCAUCGAAGCGAUGAAUGUGUGGAAGGAUGGGAGUGCGGCGUGGCCGGUGGCUAAUCCUGUGCUGACGUGUGCUUCUGUUUCUGAUGCUGGCUUCCCUAGCAACUUUGUUGCUGAUCCUUUUCUUUAUGCUCAGGGAGAUACACUUUACCUAUUCUAUGAAACUAAGAAUUCAAUCACUUUGCAAGGAGACAUUGGAGUCACUAAAAGUACUGAUAAGGGAGCGACGUGGCAACAAGUGGGCAUUGCCUUGGACGAGGACUGGCAUCUCUCUUAUCCAUAUGUGUUUGACUACCUUGGCGAAAUUUAUAUGAUGCCCGAGAGUAGUGAGAAAGGGGAACUUCGUCUUUACCGUGCACUCAAAUUUCCUUUACAAUGGACACUGGAUAAGGUCAUUAUGAAAAAGCCCCUUGUUGAUUCCGUCGUCAUUAACUAUGAUGGAAAGUAUUGGCUUUUUGGUUCUGAUCACAGUGGUUUUGGUGCCAGCAAGAAUGGACAUUUGGAGAUCUGGUAUAGCAGCUCACCUUUUGGUCCUUGGAAACCACACAAGAAGAACCCUGUAUACAAUACCGACAGGACCUUGGGGGCUCGAAACGGAGGGAGACCCUUUUUCUACAAUGGAAACCUUUAUCGCAUUGGUCAAGACUGUGGUGAAACAUAUGGGAGACGUGUGCGCAUCUUCAAAGUAGAACUUCUCAAAGAAGAUGAAUUUAAAGAAGUUGAAGUCCCCUUAGGCUUAAUAGAGCCUAAUAAAGGUCGUAAUGCAUGGAAUGGUGGUCGCUAUCAUCAACUUGAUGUGCAACAGCUAAGUUCUGGUGAGUGGGUUGGGGUUAUGGAUGGGGACCGUGUAGCUUCAGGAGAUCCAUCCUGGCGGUUCAUUCUUGGUUGUGCUUCCGUUGCAGUUGUUGCUGUCCUUGUUGUACUGCUUGGCGUGCUACUUGGAGCUGUGAAGUGUAUUAUUCCCCUGAACUGGUGCAUUCACAACUCGGGAAAGAGAAGUUGUGUGUUUUUGGCUUUGGAAAGGUCAAAUCUGCUUUCUUCAAAAGUGAGGCGGUUUUGCAGCCGCUUGAACAGAGCACCUUCGUUUAUACGAGGAUGGAUAAGACCUAAUACCUAUUAUGGGCGACUAGUUAUUGCUAUAAUAUUUGUUGUUGGCAUUGCACUAACAUGCACAGGGGUUAAAUAUAUCUAUGGGGGCAACGGUGCUGAAGAAGCUUACCUGUGGAAAGGUCACUACUCGCAGUUCACAUUAUUAACAAUGACAUAUGAAGCUAGGGUCUGGAAUUUGAAACUCUAUGUGAAGCAUUAUUCAAGGUGCUCUUCCGUGCGGGAAAUUGUUGUGGUGUGGAACAAGGGGAUACCUCCUAAAUUGAGUGAUCUGGACUCAGCAGUUCCCAUUAGGAUCAGAGUAGAAAAGGAAAACUCACUGAAUAAUCGGUUCAAAAUGGAUCCCUUGAUAAAGACCCGUGCUGUUCUGGAGCUUGACGAUGACAUUAUGAUGACUUGUGAUGAUAUUGAGCGGGGUUUUAACGUAUGGCGUCAGCACCCAGAUCGUAUUGUUGGGUUCUACCCCCGACUCAUUGAUGGAAGCCCAUUGAAGUAUAGGGGUGAAAAAUAUGCCCGAAGACAUAAAGGGUAUAACAUGAUUCUUACAGGGGCAGCUUUCAUUGAUAGUCAAGUAGCCUUUGAGAGGUAUUGGGGUGAGGCAGCCAUGCAAGGGAGGGAAUUGGUCAAUAAGUACUUUAACUGCGAGGACAUACUACUAAAUUUCUUGUAUGCAAAUGCAAGCUCAUCUAAGGCUGUAGAAUAUGUAAGACCAGUUUGGGCAAUAGAUACAUCGAAGUUAUCAGGUGCGGCAAUUAGCCAAAACACAAAAGUGCAUUACCAGUUAAGAAGCAACUGCCUCCUGAAAUUUUCUGAGAUGUAUGGAAGUUUGGCUGGCCGUAAGUGGGAAUUUGAUGGGCGGAAGGAUGGUUGGGAUACAUAGUGACACAAGAAUUAUAAUUGCAAAGCAUUGACUCUUCCAUCUUGCUCUUUCUUCCCUCAUUUGGUAUCAUUUUUUGGUUAUUUUCUGUUCAUCCUUUUCCCCUGUUGUGGAUUGUUUUGGGGAACAUUAGGUAUCAUCAAUAGCUUUUGGCUGUAGAAUGUAUAUUGGUUUUGUCAGUUUUUUCUUUUUGGGAAGUGAUCAAAGAUGGGUUCCUUUCAAAAUGUGUUCAUCUUCCCUCUUUCCUUUGGAUAUUGGGUUAGAAUCCUGGUAAAACAGCGUUUAAUGCAAAGAUAUUCCAUGCUUGAGAUGCUAAA